CGCGUGCCCGGCGGGGCGGGCGGAGUGGCGCGGGGAGGAGCCGCAGGCGGAGCGAGGGCGGGGGGCGCGCGGGCCGCGGCGUCUCCCCAGCAUCCCCGCCGCCUCCGCCCUGGCCCGCCGGGACGCGCGGCCGGACCGACACGCGGGCUCGGGCCCAGCUGGCGGCGCGCGCGCUGCCGCGAGAAACGCGCUCCGGCUCGGACUCGGGCUGCCGGGCCAGCGUCUGCACGAGCCCGGAGGAUGUCCGGGAAGCACUACAAGGGUCCCGAAGUCAGUUGUUGCAUCAAGUAUUUCAUCUUCGGCUUCAAUGUCAUCUUCUGGUUUUUGGGAAUAACAUUUCUUGGAAUUGGACUGUGGGCGUGGAAUGAAAAAGGAGUUCUCUCCAACAUCUCUUCCAUCACCGAUCUCGGCGGCUUUGACCCAGUCUGGCUCUUCCUGGUGGUAGGAGGAGUAAUGUUCAUUUUAGGAUUUGCUGGGUGUAUUGGAGCUCUACGGGAAAACACCUUCCUCCUCAAAUUUUUUUCUGUGUUCCUGGGAAUUAUUUUCUUCUUGGAGCUCACUGCUGGGGUUCUGGCAUUUGUUUUCAAAGACUGGAUCAAAGACCAGCUGUAUUUUUUUAUAAACAACAACAUCAGAGCAUACAGAGAUGACAUUGAUUUGCAAAACCUCAUAGACUUCACCCAGGAAUAUUGGCAGUGCUGUGGGGCUUUUGGAGCAGAUGAUUGGAACCUAAAUAUUUACUUCAAUUGCACAGAUUCCAACGCUAGUCGUGAGCGCUGUGGUGUGCCCUUCUCCUGCUGUACGAAAGACCCUGCAGAAGAUGUCAUCAACACUCAGUGUGGUUAUGACACCAGGCAGAGACCAGAAGUUGACCAGCAGAUUGUAAUCUACACCAAAGGCUGUGUGCCCCAGUUUGAGAAGUGGUUGCAGGACAAUCUGACCAUUGUGGCUGGAAUUUUCAUUGGCAUUGCUUUGCUGCAGAUUUUUGGAAUAUGCCUGGCUCAGAAUUUAGUGAGUGACAUUGAAGCUGUGAGGGCUAGCUGGUAAGCCCCUGCAACGGCUAUUGUAAGACACUGGACAGACCCAGUCUUCCUGACCCUCCAAGUGUGCCAGUGACAACCUUGCUGCAUGGACCCUACUCACAAAGGCACCCUGCAGUCCUAUCUGAUGGAGCUGCCAAUAACUUGUUUGAGGGCAAGGUGGGGGCGGGUGGGCAUAUAAAACUGGGAAAUGCUGCUCACUGACAGAAUUUUUUAAAAUAUACAUUUGAAAGUUACUGCGCCAUAAAUCUCUACUGUAGCCAUGAAUUUAUGGAAGCCAGAUACUUACCAAAAAUGGAAGAGGGAGGUAGGGACCCAGAAGUACUUGAAUCAGUGGAAAACCAAGUCACCUCCUCCACUUUGGUAAUUGGAGGCUGGGAGAGGAAGUUGUGCUCUCAUCACACCUGGAAGGAAUUGCCUUCUGUUCCAUGAUCUAAAGAAGUGUACCUUUCCUAAGACUCAAUCCCUUGCUUGGGAGCUGUGGACUUUUGGCAACUCUCCAUCUUAAAUUUCAAGGAACUGUUAGAACUACCAUCCCCAGAAGAAAGGCAGAUUUGCUCUCUCCUUAGAAGAGAAGAUGAAUGUCAAGUGCACUGAGCAAGAGCAUUGGGAUUGCUGCCUAAUACUGGACUUUAGCAGGAUACAUCUUUUUUUUUUUUUUAAGUAAGCCUGAGCUUUACUUACAGAUGAAAUACAAGGAGAAAAUGAGGUUAAUGAACAUAUCUUAAUAUACCCUCUCACCUCCUGCCCACCAGAUUACUUGUUGGGCUCUUUGGAAACUCUGGAAUAUUCUGGGGUAUUGUUUGGUUAGGCUGUGGGGUUUUUGUCUCCCCAAAGUGAAAGCUAUGAUAGUUUCUCUUCCCAACUUACUUACUCACCUUGAGUACUACUAUUUUUUUGUUUAAUCUUAUCUGCAUGACCUGUGAAUCUGAAUCCACCAGCUCCAUUUUCUGCCAUUUCCUGCAGAAAUUUAUAAAUGUGAAUUAGCUUGUGUUCGUUUUAGAGGUUCAUAGUUAUGAGAGGUAUGGUGUUCCCUUCCUGGAUGGAAAGGAGUAACCAGAACCUCCACAUCUGCUUAUGUAGCUCUGGUUCUUUAUUGCCACUAUUGUGGACCUCUCCACACAGUUACCCCCAACCCCCUUUUUCCUAUAUGGAAUUAAACCCAAUCCCAAAACAGUGUUGACCAAACAAAAGGCAUCCAAUGAGUCUUCUUUCAGUUUUAAGCUGUUUUAUUUUUAAAAAAUUUUAAAGCAUGCAUAUCCAGAGCACCUUAGUUCUCUUGGUGCAGACACACCAUCAUCUGGGUGAUUACAAAGCACAACUACUAUGAGGGAGGUGCACUGACAAGGUACAUGUUCUGUGCCACUAGGUGGGAAUUCAUUUUAGGUGCUGUGGAUCAUGACCCUGCUCCAGGUGGGAGGAAUGAGUUUUGUUGUUUGAUCCAGCUGAUGACCAUCAGAAUGCUGCUCACCAGGGAUUCUGGCACAUGGGGAAGACUUGGACAUAUUUACAGCAAUGAUACAUUUGCCAAUACAGGACUGGAUAGCUAGCUCACACGUGGUGUAGAGUUAGCAAGGUUUUCUAUUUUUUGCUCAGAGUUGGAUUUCUGUGACUGAUGAAUAUGUCAUUCUGUUCAGAAAAAAAAAAUUGAAAAUCUCAUUUCUAGAGUUUGGGUGUGUUUAUGACUUUAUGUAUGUGCUUUUGUGUGUGUGUAUGUGCAAUUAGGGAUGUUCAGUUCUUAAUCCAGCUGAUGUCAUUCUGGAGGGUCAUUCCAAAAGAGAACACCUGAAUUUUCCAGUGAAAAACGGUCUGUUUUAUUCCCUCCUCCUCCAGUACACCGACUAGAAUCAGGCAAGAUUCCCACCCUGGAAUGGGAAUUCCCACCCAGUACAUGUAGUGAAAUGUCAAACAGCAAGUCAACUGAUUUCUAAGUUUUACUUAAUCACCUUUUAUUUUUUACACUUGAGAAUGGUUGUAAUAAAGGUUGUUGGUAAUAAAGUUGGUUCUACCUUG